GAAGAGGUUGCGAACAUGGAGCUUUGUGCGUUAUUGGUUCUAAAAAAGUUUGCAACAAUUAUUAUUGUAUUAUUUGUUUUAUUAGAAUUCAAAGACAUUUCAUCUGAGCAAUCCCUUUUGUCAAGAGCCGAGUAUAGUGAAGCAAAGUUUUUCAUAAAUCCAAACACUAAUCACUGCCAGCUUAAUGUUUGUGAAGUUUUAAAAUACCUUUUGCAACAAGUUGGAGGAGUAAAAGAUUCCACUGGGGAUGUUUAUGAAAAGGAAUUCAGCGCAGAAUCUGGGUCAUUUGUUUAUAAUUUACCGCAUCACCAAUCUUUAUUCAAACGAGUUCGAUAUAUUGAAAAUCGACUAAGGUCUAUAGAACAGCCCGUAUGGCGUUUAGCAUCAGCUAAUAGUGAUGAGUGGAACCAGUGCACUUCAGGAGUUUGUCGAUGUUACCCCGAAACCAAGACUUUUACAUGCUGGAAUACAAAUUUUAGUUCUUUGCCGGUAUCACAAGUAAUACCCAUGAAUAUGGUAUCAAUCGAUCUCUCUCGGAAUUUCUUUUCGACACUACACAAGGACACUUUUCGUGGUUUAACACUGCUGAAAGAACUUGAUCUCUCUAACAAUAUUCUUAAUUUUAUACCAGCUGAGCUAUUCAAGGAUUUGGAUAGCCUUAUCCAAUUACGUCUUCAAAAUAACCAGCUGGAAAAUUUGAAUACGGUAACAUUCUGGAAGCUUCGCAACCUGAACUUAAUAGAUGUUAGCAAAAAUAUAAUAUCCGAAAUACCAAUAAAUUUAUUUUGCCACGCUCAACGAUUGAUUGUUAUCAAUUUUAGUGAUAAUAGAAUAAAGCAUUUUCCGCCUGGUUUGCUUCGGGAACAAUUAGUCUUAGAAGAUUUGGACAUGUCACGGAAUGAAAUUCUUGAAUUGAAGUCUGGAAGCUUAAGGAAUUUGAAAGAAUUAAAAAUUAUCGACUUUUCAUACAACUCUAUUUACGUAUUGAUUCAAAUAAACUACAAUAUUUAAAAAGUGGAGCUCUGCGGGGUUUGAAAAAAUUAAUGGCGGUAAAGUUUGAUAAAAAUCCUUGGCAUUGCGACUGCCGUGUUUUGUAUUUAGCCCGAUGGAUACGCGAGUUCCCAUAUAAAUUGUGGGAUGGUCAAAUGGCAAUGUGUCGUGGACCUGGUAAUCUAGGAGGACACGAAGUCGGACUACUUCGUUACGAUGAUCUUUGUGAAGGUCAAUGGGCAAGCAUGGUAUCACUAUCUCCAAGGCUUCCUUUACGAAAACAUCGUAUUCUUAAGCCUAUGAAUUACAGUUCUUACUUCAGUUUGUACUUGAAGCACAUAUAUUCAACUACCCCUAGAAACAAAUUCAUUAGAUAAGAAAUUUAUGUAAAUCACUGGUGAGCACAUUGAUAUUUUCUAAACAAAAUUAAUUGGGCUACAAAAAGCUGCUAUAUGCUGCGUAGUUUUCAUAUCGCACCCUAAAAUCAAAAACAGUCAUAACUCAAAAAAUCCCAAUUGUUCAGGAGAGACAAACAACUGCUGAUGCUGAGCAAGCGACCCAAGCAAAACAAAAACAGUCUUAAUAAUAUUUUAAAACAUUUUAAGUUAAUGAAGAUAGUGAUGAUGUGAACUUCUUAUUUGGCGCAGCGUCCGGAAAAAUUUUGAGUUGUGACUACUUUUUAUUUACGGUGCAAUAUGUCCACAGUGUUAAGACCGAUAUUUGACGCAAAGUAAAUCAAAGCAGUCUAUGUUCAAAGGGAUAAUUCGUUUUGCGUUAUUGCAAAGUGAUAAAAAUAACACUUUAACACUGCAUUUAUUACGGUGUUAAUUAUGUACCUUUCACUUUACUUCACGAUAACACAAAACGGGAGUUGA